AUAUUCUAAUUUUAUGAUUAAAUUUAGUCAGAAAAUUUAUUUUCAAAUAUAAAAUGAGCAUCCCUCUAAAGAAUGACCCUAUGAAUAAGAGGUUCCGAAUAUUAAAUUGCAUUCCACCGAUGAAAUAAAAAAUCCCCUUUGAUAGAAUGAACGUGUCAUGCUUUUUAUUACAGUAAAAUUAGAAACCAAACUAAAGCCCACACACGCUCCACUUUAUUUUCUUUUUCCUUUUCCCACCCACUCGCCCAAUCAAACUUACAAACUUUUUCUUUUCUUUUUCUAAUUUUAAUCUUCUUCCUCUUCUUUUUUUCUUCCACUUUCGUUUUUCAAAAUUAGCAAAAGCCAAGGAAAAGGAACUUGAAGCGAAAACCGAGAAUGGCAACAACAACAACUGCCCCAGCCAUGAAAAAAUCAUGGUCGAGGGGCUCCGACUCAACUCAGUUCGAAUCUCCGGCACGUUUCUGCUCUCCCUUACGAUGGGAUGCAACAGACUCACCGGAAUACCGAUCACCUGAAAACUCACCCGGAAAGAUGGUAGAAAACUCAAUGGCAGUAAUUACCGUCGACAAGCCAAAACAUAUUUCACAAGAGAAACUCCCUGACCAACGGAAGCUACCGCCGGAGAAUACCGUUGCGGUGUUCACCCGAUCAGAGAGAGAGGAGCCUCAGCGGCAGGCGACGAAAGUGGAGACUGCAGAAAAAGGUGGGGAGCGGAGACCGAAGCCGGCUCCGAUAAGCUCUACGGCGGAGGAGGUUACGAGAAAGGCGGGGUUAGGGUUCCGGCUAUGCGAGGUGGUGGUGUGUCUGAUUUCGUUUUCCGUUAUGGCUGCAAAUAAGACGCAAGGUUGGAGUGGGGACUCUUAUGAUCGUUAUAAAGAAUACAGGUAUUGUUUAUCAAUGAAUGUUAUCGGAUUUGCAUACUCAGGGUUACAAGCUUGUGAUCUAGCCUUUCAACUAGUCACAGGAAAACACAUGAUCAGUCACCACCUUCGCCACCAUUUCCAGUUCUUCAUGGAUCAGGUUGUGGCAUAUCUUCUGAUAUCAGCAUCAUCCUCUGCAGCCACAAGGGUGGAUGAUUGGCAAUCAAAUUGGGGGAAAGAUGAGUUCACUGAGAUGGCUACUGUUUCAGUUGGAAUGUCAUUUCUGGCUUUUGUUGCAUUUGCUAUGAGCUCACUCAUCUCUGGUUACAUCCUAUGUAACGGCCGUAACUCCAUGUAAAUUUCCAUUUUUUUCCUUAGUUUCUUUUUUCACUCUGAUGAUAGACUUGAACUGUGUGUAUAUAUAUAGUUUCAGUAUGUUGUUCAUCUUAAGAAGAGGGUGAAGAACAAAAUUUCCCUGUCUUGUUUCCAUUCAAAAUUUCAAUGUCACUUUUUAAAAGCUUUGUUAUCUGUCA